UCCCCGGAGGACUCUAUUUAGUAACGUACCCGGGAAGAUGGCGGAGAUGGCGGAGACGGCCGCCGAGCCCGCCGACUUCAAGCGCCCGAGCUGCCCGCUGCCCGCCGCGCCCCGCGCCGCCGAGCCCGCUGAAACGCCGGGGCCCAGCCCGCUGCCCCCUCGUCCCGCCGCCGCGCCGGCCGCGCCGCGCUACGAGGAGCCGCCGUGGGGCAGCCGCCCGCCGGCCGACGCCGGCUACGGGCUGGAGGUGCUGAAGGGCGGCGUGGCGCUGGGCUCGGUGCGGCUGGAGGGCGGCAGCUGGUUCCUGGUGGGGCGGCUGCCCGGCUGCGCCCUGUCCCUGGAGCACCCGUCUGUGUCGCGGCACCACGCCGUGCUGCAGUACCGCGGCGCCGGCUGCUCCCCCGACGACCCCCACGGCUCCGACGCCGCCGGCUUCUACGUGUACGACCUGGGCAGCACGCACGGCACCUUCCUCAACAAGGCGCGAGUGCCGCCGCGCACCUACUGCCGGGUGCGGGUGGGCCACGGGCUCCGAUUCGGUGGCAGCUCCCGCCUCUUCCUGCUGCAGGGGCCCAAAGAGGACCAGGAGUCAGAGUCAGAACUAACUGUGACUCAACUGAAGGCACUGCGUAAGCAGCAGCAAGCAAAAUUAGAGAAGACAAUGUUGGGAGAAGACUCGGAUGAGGAAGAUGAAAAGGAGGAGAGAAGUGAGAGGAGCCAGAACACUGAUAUGAGCUGCACAUGGGGAAUGGGGGAGGAUGCUGAAGAGGAUGAGGUUGAAGAAAACCCUAUUGCUAUUGAUUUUCAGGAUGUACAUGAUGCCUUCUAUAUGAAAGAUCCUAGGAAGGCCUUACAGGGGUUUUUUGAUAGAGAAGGAGAAGAGUUAGAGUAUGAGUAUGAUGAUCGUGGGCACAAUAGCUGGCUAUGCAGAAUCAAGUUGCCUGUGGAUGAUGCAUCAGGGAAGCAGCUGGUGGCAGAGGUUCUCCAUUCAGGAAAGAAGAAGGAAGCAAUGAUACAGUGUGCACUGGAAGCUUGCAGGCUACUUGAUGCUCGGGGAGUACUGAGGCAAGAAGCAGUAUCCCGAAAAAGGAAAUCAAAGAACUGGGAAGAUGAGGAUUUUUAUGACAGUGAUGAUGACACCUUCCUCGAUCGAACUGGUGCCGUAGAAAAGAAACGACUGAACAGAAUGAAAAAAGCUGGUAAAAUAGAAGAAAAACCAGAGACUUAUGACUCCUUGGUCACAAAGCUAAAUGAAGCUGAAAAUGAACUUGCAGAGAUAACGGAGAAACUGAAGGCUUCAGGGAAAGUCCAAUCCCAGCCAGCAGCUCAAGACUCCUUGGAUGAGUUCAUGACAGAAAUAAAAUCAUCUUGCGCCUUAGACAGUGUGGCACGAAAGAAGCUUCACUUGCGGUCAUUUGAACUGAAGAGAGAGCAACAGAGACUGAAAGGGUUAAUAAAGCUUGUCAAGCCAGCAGAACUGCCUGAGCUGAAGCCCCAGAAUCACAAUCUGGAAGCAGAGAGCAAGCCUAAAAAGAUUACCCUGCCUCUCUUUGGUGCAAUGAAAGGGGGGAGCAAAUUCAAGCUGAAAACCGGAAGCCUAGGGAGGUUGCCUCCUAAGCGUCCUGACAUCCCUGAAAGCUUGUUAAAAAUGAAAGAUGAUGGUCCAGAGGAAGAAGAAGAGGAGGAAACGGAGGAGGAGCAAGAAGUAGAUGCGACAAACAAUAGAGCAUCAAACCUGGAGAUGAAAAUGACAGCAGAGGAAGAAACAGGAGAAAAAUCUAAUGCUGGGGAUGGUUCUUCUUGCAAUGACAAGAAUCUAGAAUCCCUUCAGGGUGGGGCUCAUUUUCUGCCUGAGCCAAAGGUACUAAGGAAUAAAUCUCAGAUAGAACCUUCACAAGAGAAAUCUCAAGCAGCUGAGGCAGCAUGUAAGGAACCUGAAGAGACAUCUGAGAAAAUUAAGAAAAUCAACAGCUCCAGCAAGGUCCAGCAACCUUUUUUUUCUUCACAGUACCCAGAUGAUGAUCCAGACUACUGUAUAUGGGUUCCUCCUGCAGGCCAAAGCGGUGAUGGCAAGACUCAUCUCAAUGAAAAGUAUGGCUACUAACCUUCAGCACCCCACAGUACCUCUGAGGCUGAAGUUUGUCUCUCUGUUGGAUUUUUUCACCAUACAUUAAAUGAGGGAUAAAAGAGUUGUUUUUUCAUACAAAUUUAGUUUCAAAUUCAAGGGCAUCAACAGCCACUCUGGCAGUUAGCUCUUCCUAUGUGUCCUCUCUUUGUCUUCCAGGUACUUAUUUAAAAAGCAAAAGCCCACACGUUCUCUGUCUCUACUUCCUCUUUUAGCUUUGUCCUUUUUGUUUGGCUUAGAGCUGUAGGCUCAUUUUUUCCUUUUUAAAUAAAAAUAUACAAAAAGUA